AUGCGCAAAUUCUCCUCAGCUUCCAAGAUCCUAGAUAAAUCGCGGUUUGUGCCCUCCGUGGGCUCGUAUCCGCAAGGAUACAAUGUCGGGGCGCUUGCCACGGGCGUCAAGAAGAACAACGCGCUCGACCUGUCGAUCCUGGCGUCGUCUGUGCCGGCGUCGGCGGCCGCAGUGUUCACCACCAACAAGUUCCAGGCCGCACCGGUGCUGGCGUCCAAGGACAUCCUCAGCACGACGGGAGGCGAGAACAUCAGCGCGAUCGUGGUCAACAGCGGCUGUGCGAACGCCGUGACCGGCGGAGGCGGCCUCAAGGACGCCUACACGAUGGUCGAGACGGUGGGCCGCGAGCUUGGUGUUGGCUCGCGGUCUGCCCUGGUUAUGUCGACCGGGGUUAUUGGGCAGCGGUUGCAAAUCGAUAAGAUAACCAGAGGCAUAACCGAGCUCGUGGGCCCGCAGCUGGGCUCGUCGCACGCGCACUGGCUCUCGUGUGCGCGCGGCAUCAUGACCACCGACACGUUUCCCAAGCUUGUGUCCAAGAGCUUUGAGCUCGACGGCGUGAAAUACUCUCUUGCCGGGCUCGCCAAGGGCGCAGGCAUGAUCUGCCCCAACAUGGCCACGCUGCUCGGGUUCUUCGUCACGGACGCCCCGAUAGCUGCUCCGGCGUUGCAGAAGAUGCUCAAGCACGCGACCGACCGCUCGUUUAACUGCAUUUCCGUCGACACAGACAUGUCCACAAACGACACGAUCGCGGCGCUGGCCAACGGUGUGGCUGGAGGAGAAACUAUAACCGAGGGCCACAGGAACUACGACGCGAUCCAGACGGAAAUCACCGCUUUCGCCAAGCAGCUGGCCCAGCUGGUCGUCAGGGACGGCGAGGGCGCCACCAAGUUCAUAACUCUCAAGAUCCAGGACGCCCUCUCCUACGAGGACGCCAAGACGGUGGCCCACUCCAUUGCCAACUCCUCGCUGUUCAAGACCGCGAUGUACGGCAAGGACGCCAACUGGGGCCGCAUUCUGUGUGCCACGGGUUAUGCGGGCGUCGAGGUCAACCCGGCGAAAACCAGCGUCUCGUUUAUCCCAGCAUCUGGCCCAGCACUCCAGCUGCUAGUCAACGGGGAGCCAGAGACGGUCGACGAGGCCAGAGCGUCCGAGAUCCUCGAGCAGGAGGACAUUGAGGUGCACGUCAGCCUGGGCACCGGCGGCGGUUAUGACUGUGAGUUUUGGACUUGCGACAUGUCGCACGAGUACGUGACAAUCAACGGUGACUACCGUACAUAG